UUUCAUUUCGUCACUCUUGCCUGCAUAUAGUUUUCCUCCUAGCUAGAUACAUGAUCAAGUCCUCCUCCAUGGCUUCAAUUGCCAAAAUGCUUGAAGGCAAAGUGGCGAUAAUCACAGGAGGAGCAAGUGGCAUUGGUGCCGCCACCGCCAAGCUAUUCGUCCAACACGGCGCCAAAGUAAUCAUUGCCGACGUGCAAGACGAGUUAGGCCAGUUCCACUGCAAAACCCUCGGCACAACAAACAUUCACUACGUCCACUGCGACGUAACCAGCGACUCCGACGUCAAAAACGUGGUCGAAUUUGCCGUGUCCAAGUAUGGCAAGCUCGACAUAAUGUACAACAACGCCGGCAUCUCCGGAGACUCAAAUCGCUCCAUAACGACAUCCGACAACGAAGGCUUUAAGAAUGUUUUCGGGGUUAACGUGUACGGAGCUUUCUUGGGCGCCAAGCAUGCCGCUAGGGUCAUGAUCCCCGCAAAGAGAGGGGUUAUUCUCUUCACCUCAAGCGUUGCUUCGCUUCUCGGCGGCGAAACAACGCACGCUUACGCUGUUUCGAAGCACGCGGUGGUGGGGCUAAUGAAGAACCUGUGCGUGGAACUUGGGGAACAUGGGAUCAGAGUGAAUUGCGUUUGUCCAGGUGGAAUUCCCACUCCGAUGCUCAACAAUGCGUUGAAGAUGAACAAGAAAGAGACGCAGGAAGUGCUGUGUAAGGUUGCGGUGUUGAAAGGAACGGUUCUUGAAGCCGAGGACAUAGCCAAAGCUGCAGUUUAUUUGUGCAGCGACGAGGCCAAGUUUGUGAGUGGAGUUAACUUUGUCUUGGACGGAGGUUAUAGCAUCACCAAUAAUUCUUUCACUUCUGCGCUCAACGCUCUCAUCAACAACAACCAUGCUUAGUAAUGGCUAGCUAUAUAUCCAUUCCCGCAUUUUCUGCCCAGUUCCAUGUGCUGAAAUAAUUAAGCUACACUAUCUACUUUCUCUGUAUUUUUGUGGUCUUUCUGCAAGAUCGAUCAGGAUGGAACACUUAAUUACCACAGUUUCCCCCUCUCAUGCAACAAUGUAGUACCAACUAGCUAGUUCUUUUUCCUAAGUGAAAAUGUGUGUUAUGUGAUGUAUAAUGAUCUAUGUUGAUGUUGUAUUCACAAAAAUAAAAUAACAAUAAUCAAUCCGAUCGAGUGAAAA